AUUUUUUUUCGACAACUGUAUAAAAACUCAUUUACUUCUAAAGACUGUUUCAGUAGUAAAAUAAAAUUUCAAUAAUCAACAUGAAUAAAUAUGUUUUAGUGACAUUAGUCAUACUGCUAGCAGUACAGGGACUUGAUGCUCAAUUUCUAUCUGGAAUAAUUUCACUUUUCACUUCUGUUGGUGGAUUUGUUUUCAACUCUGUCCUUAGUGUACCGUACACAAUAAUCAGUUUUGCAGCUACAUUUACUGUGAUUGUUUCAAAUGCAACACUAGCUACCUUAUCACUUGCUAAUGCCGGAGCCUACAAUUCUCUGAUCCGCAUCAAUAAUUUUACAAACAACGUCAACAACAUAACCAGCUACUAUAAUUCCCUUCUACAAGACCGAUCCAACACAGCUACAUUCUUUGGAAGAACAGUUGUUGGAAAUUUAUAUGACGCAAUUAAUGGAAUUGGAUAUACCACAAAUGGAUUGUCAGCGAUUGUCAUAGGAUGUAGACCAUCACAACCACCACCAAUUUCCUACCUUAAUACUUACUAUCCACUACCUGAUUCAUGCUUAAGCACUACAAACUGUACAAAUACGACUAUUGCAUGUGCAGCUAGAAACUUCAUAAAUUUGGCUCAAUACCAAAUUAAUAACAUCAAUACUACAGCACUUUACCUUCAAUGGCUAGCUGAAGAUUUUGGAAGUAAUGACACAAUAAAUGCAACAGUUGAUGCAGAGAUAAUAAUUGAACAGUGGGCAAAUUUAAGUGCAAUGGCGAGGUUUUAUUUGACAGUCAACAGUCAAGGAUCAUUAUUGACUUAUGCUGAUCCGAGUUUCAAUGCAAAUUUUACAGCAGUCAUGAAUCAAAUGGUAACAUUCAUGAACAACAUCAAUGCAACCACAAGUGAGUUGCUGAACUCGACAAAUAUUCUGUAUUUCAGUAUUAAUGACUUUGGACGAUUACAGCGCUAUCAAAUUUUGAGUGAAAUCUUUCAAAAUAGAAGUAGACGCUGGGCUUACAUCAAUUCAUUGAUUGGUUACAAUACAUUCAGAUCUAACGUAAAUAAUGCAUUGACUUCUUUGAAUAAUACAGCAUACCAAUUUGUUCAAGCUAUCAAUGGAAUCAGCCCUUCAGGUUAUGUUUACAAAACAACCCAAACUCAUAGUUCAGCAUUCCAAAAUCUUACGAGUCGAUUAAAUUCUUCACUAUCGACAUUCUUAACAGACUUGAAUGCUAGAAUUGAGGCAGUCGAACAGUCAAAAUCAAACUUAAUCUUGAACGCUACGCAAGCUUUAAAUGGAACAUUCAGUGACUUUAUUGAAUCAGUUUUGAAUGAUAAUGUCACAGAUUGCUUGAAUUUUACUGCUCCUGCAUCAGAUGCUUAUGCUGAUUUUGCACUUGGCAUUCAAGCUUGUGGACAAAAUACAGACAUAGACACUCAAACUAUCAAUACAAAUGCAACGAGCAUUUUUAAUAAUUUCAUGUCCAGUGCCAGUGCAUUUAUGAAUACGUCAAAUAGUUGCUUCUCUUAUGCAUGUCAAGGAAAUUUGGGAUAUCCAUUCGCUACAUACGGUGUAAGAUGUGCCAACGAUAACACAUUUUUCCGUUGUACAACUUGGUUGCCUCCAUUCUUCUACAAUUGCCCUACAACCAAAUCAAACUAUUUGAACACAUGCCUUAGUAAUCUCAAUACAGCCAUAAACUCAUUCGUCGCUAGUGCAGACUCAUCAGUCAAUAGUACUUUGAGUCUACUCAGGAGUUCCAUCAAUAGUGCUCUUACCGAAUUGAAUACUUGCAUUAAUAACCAAGUUAAUGCCACAAACAUUGCUUUAGAUGCUAUUUCUGCAGACUACAACAACUGUAAAACAAGUCAGGCUGCUUGAUUUAAAAGUUAAUAAUUUUUAAAAGACCAAAAAUAAAUUGAAUGUUAAAUUUUUUUUAAAAGUUUUGAUAAAUAAAGAUAUGGAGCCGUUCACUUAUGACGUCCAUCAAAAAACACAAUUGUUAAACCCAAUUCCCCCUCAAUCAAAAAACUGUUACAGAUAAUAAUUCCUCCCCCCCCCCCCUCUUCUGUGACUUCAAUCAUAGACACAAA